AUGACGACCCCUGGCGCCGCCGCAACCGCCUUUCCGAGCGGCAUCGCCGCGAUUCUCAGCGACGCGCAUGACGUAACAGCGACCUCCGCCCCUCCUUCCGCCGCCGCAAACCACGCGCUCGCCGCCACAGUCGGGCCGCUGAGCACCAGCGGGGCGACGGGGGGCGGGAGAAAGGCGGUGACUGCGGGGAGGGGGAGGACGGGGCCGAUCGGAAUCUUCCCGCACUGGAGCGCGAGUUGCGCGGGGCGCGCGUGCGGCGUGAUGGAGCGGCCAAUCAGCGUGUACGUCGUGUGGUACGGCGCAUUCUCCGAGGCGCAGAAGCAGAUGGUCCGCGCGCUCACCGCCUCGCUCAGCCCGAACGCCGACCCGUCCGUCACAGGUGCCGUCCCCUUGUUCGGGGCGGCGCCGCCCAAUCAGGACGCGGGGAUGGAUGGGCUGCUGUCGGUGUUUGCGCAUGAGCUGGCGGAGGCGACGUCAAGCCCGUUCAUUGCAACGUGGUUUGAUAACACCGGGGAGGAGAACGCCGACAAGUGCUCGUGGCAGUUCGCCCCCAUUCUCACUGACGCUUCUGGCGCCAGAGGAGGGGGAAGGGCGCGCAUGCGAGGGGAUGGAGGGGGCGGAGGGGGGGAAGGAGGGGGUGAUGGGGGCGAGGGGGGAGGCGGAGGGGAGGGAGGGGGAGAGGGCGGAGAAGGAGGAGGGGGAGAUGGAGGAGGUGGUGAGGGUGGGGGAGGAGAGGGAGGUGGGGGGCUUGGAGGUGGGGGAGGGGAUGGGGGGGAGGGAGGGGGAGAGGGUGGUGGAGGGGGGGAGGGAGGCGGGGGAGGAGGGGAGGGAGGCGGAGGAGGGGAGGGAGGGGAGGGGGGAGGAGGAGGGGCGGGGGGGGUAUGGGAGGGUGAGCUUGCAGGUACCAGUGCACCAUCCCACCAUCCCCACCCCCACGACCCCCACCGUCCCGACCAUUCCCCCACCAUCCCCACCAUUCACCCCACCAUCCACACAUCUCCCUUCCUCCCACCACCACCCUCUACUCACUUCCAUGCGCAUUUAUCCGCGUUCUCCUCGCCCUGCUCGUCAAACCACGUGCCCACGAACGGCGACGAUGCAGCCUCUGCCAGCUCGUGCGCAAACACGGAGAGCAGAGCGUCCAUGCCCACGUCUCUAUUCGGUGCCUUGCUGGCCGUGCGGAUGUCACUUGCAAUGCACGAGGUGGGGCACUGGGGGGGUGAGGAGGAGGCAGGGAGGGGGGGAGUGGGAGGAUUGGAGAAGGGGUAG